GAAGAUGGUGCAAUGUUGUAUGUCACUGGAGGAAUAAAGGUAAAAUUUUGAAUUUCUUUUGUUUUAUUCACCUUGAUAAAAUGUUAACUUGUUUGUUCUGGAUUCUCAGUUUUCCAUUGAAGUGACAGAAUUCAAGAAAACUGGGAAAAUAUAUGAAGGGGUUGUACUGGAGUGGGGUUACACCACAAAGAGGUCCUUCAUUCCAUUUGAAAGUAGAGUAAAUGCGGAGCUCUUUUUUGGAAUUUUAACAGACUUCAGUCAUAAGCAUAGCAGCAUUUUAAAGUUGUUUGGCGCAUGUGAGGAGAAGAUCCGGGAAAAGAGGUCAUUUGUUGUGGUGGAACCUGUGCUGCCACUAUUAGAGUUUUUUGAAAGAGAGCUGAAAAGAUUCUGCGAAGAUAAAGGCAAAAAAAGAAGGGAAUUAGAAAAUAUUGAUAAAGCAGAAUGGAAAAAAAUUUAUCAGCCCAAAACUGCAGAGGAUUUUCCGAGAUGUUAAUUUGGGUAUCAUCUUCUUGCUAUAGUAUGGGAAAUUCUCCUUGCUAUAUAGAAGACAGAAUCUAUGUCACCAAUGAUGGUUCUCAUGGAAGGAUAGUUCCUAGGUCGGAAAUUAAAGAUUUGAGGAGAAUUGAAGAAGAUUUAGGACUAUUGAGGCAUGCGAUACUGCAAGUUAUCUGCCAUGGAAAGAUAAUGAGGACCUCAUACAAAUGGUGGACACAGAUUCAACCAUCUUGGAGAGCAAGUAUGGGAUUCCAAAUGAGUUGCUCGACUUUUUAGAUCAGCUGAAUCCUAUCAACGCGUAAGUUGAUGAAUCAAAGCUGUUUUUGACAUAUUAAAAAUUUUAAUUUCUUUACUUUGAUUAGUGCUUUCAUUUUCUUCAGGGUUGCUGAACAAAGAGUCUUUGAUCAUCCAUUUUUUUGGACUAUGAAUGAAAGGGUCAUUUUCAUGGAGAAGUUGCGGUAUCUCCUCAAAGGAUAUGAGCAUGAAGAUUUAUUUCUUCUUUUGCUUGAAGAUGUUGGAGAUUGGAGAGUCGAUGUUGGAGAUUGGAGAGUCGUUGUUGCAGGCGCUGUUCAGGCUGGCCGUUUACACUAUUCCUAUGAUUGUGUCUUUAAGUAUAAGGAGGGAAGGUAUGGGAAAGACAUAUAUUCACUCAUUACCUUUGUUAUUGCCUGCUUGACUCAUUGCAUUGAUUAUGCUGGAAAUGCUGCCCCUGAUUUUGAGAAAGUGGAAGUUUUACGAGGCCUAAUGAAAAUUUUUCCAAAGUUGUAUACAAAAGUAAGUGGCAUCCUCUUAGAUUGGGUUGUUCGCUUCUGUUCAGAGAAUUUGAAUGCUGACAAAAGCAGCACUGACCCAGGCAUGAGCACUAGUCUAGCCUCGCCACUGCUGUUUUCAAUGAAAUUAUUAAGUCAGGACAUGAUGCUUGCAAGAGAUGAACUUGUGAUGGAAUGAUGUGUAUGUUUUUUCUUCUGUCUCAGUGUAGUCCCUAAAAUGUUUUAUCUGAUGGUCUGUUUGCUAUGUAUGGGCUUUACAUUCUUCUCCGUUUUCAUGUACAUGCAAUUACCUUUUAUUGGUAGAUGGUUUUGCGUUAAUUGAUGACUGUUAUUCUUCACUGUUAAGACCACCAAGUAGUGCAGAUAACGUGAUUAAUGUUGUGGGACUAAGUGAGGUGGUCAUUAGUAUGUGUUUCUACUAGGUGGUCAUUAAUAUGAUUGUGUGGUCAUUAAUAUUAACGUGAUUAAUAUGUUUCCCUAAAAUUCUGGUUCCGCAGCAUGUGGUGGUGUGUUCUGGGAUCAAGGUGGCAACUGUAUCCUCGGUUUGUCGAGGGACUCUUUGAUUGCUUCUAAGUUGCUUGCUAAAGAUUCUUGCACCUUUCACCCUCCGAGGGUGCUUAUUUGGGAUUGCUGGGAACUGCUCGGUAGGAUCCCUCAUGGUGAUCUCCAGCACGAUUUUAGGGAGUCCAAUAUGUGUGACUUCCUCUCCAAACUUGGCCAUUCUCUUGAUGCUGAUUUUGUUGUUUUUGAUGCUUGCUCUCAGGGCCUUAGUGUUCUCCUUAUGGCUGAUAUGGCUAAAGUUGAAUACCCUGGAUAUGAAUUAUAGCUCUCUUUAUUAAUGUCAUCUCAUAUUUCCACCAGUAAAUAAAAAAAAAAAAAUCCA